AAGAGGAAACUGCACUGACUCAAUCUCCGCUGCCAGUCGUCAGCGUCAGUCAGUGUGAGGACAAAGUCAGAAGACAUCUAGAAUCAACAGCAGCAGCGUGCCGCAGUUCCCGCUGACCUCCACAGCGCAUCGCUCACAUGGCAGACACUCCGCUCAACAACUCCUGGCCAUCCUUCUCCAAGCUAUGGAUGAAGCGCUUGUCCUUCAAGAGAGCCUCUGAGUGCAAGCCAUAUAGCGAGCCAAUCGGACAAACAAGUGGACAUGCUGCUAAACAAGCGAGUGGACAUUCAAGCGGACAACAGCAUGUUCAGCUACCGAGGGGAACAUCUUCACCCUCUCCAUCGCCGCCCUCCAUCACAGAAGAUGUCUUUUUUGGGGGCACCAAUGAGGAUCAGGAUGCAUCCUCUGUAGUGAGCGACUCUGAGGUGAAAGGUGUGGAGGUAAGCAGCAGCGCGGACGACCUGCAAGGCCUCGGCUCUUCCUUUUGGGACUCGGACUACUUCAGAGACCUGGAGGUGAAUCUUGACGGGCCUUUGAAAGCCAUCAGUCCAGACCUGAACUCCCUGACCACAGCGCCCAAUCUGACUGACUCAUCCGAGGAAACGCCCGGCAACCUCGUGGUCACCAAGUUGAGCCCCAAAGUCAUCCCAAGCUGUGUGAUUGAUAGCCACGACUCCUCGGGAGUCGCUCUUAGCCUGACCAUUGAUUUGGACGGACUGUUGGGAUCGAUGGAAACAACGCCCACUGAAACAGGAUCGCGUAACCAGGGAAACACAGUGCAUUUAAAUGGAGAUGUUGAGGUUGACAGUUUUCCUAAUUUAGUGAGAUCCAUGUCGACCUCACGAAGACACAGCUGGGGUGUCUCCGUUGCACCCAUCAACCUGGGAAGGAGAUUGAGUCUCGACACGAUGGCCACGAACAGCGAUGGAGAUGAGGAUGAAGCAGAGCACAAUGAGGUCUUCCAGUCCAACGAGCAGAAGACUGAAAACUGUCCACUGGAUGAGACAGACGGUCUCAAGGAGAGGCUCUCCUGUCUCGUUACCAAGACUGAUGGUGUUCCCGGAAAGCAACUGUAUUCCCGUGCGGACAUCCUCGCCACGGACGAAUGUUCUCGUGCGGCGCACAUCUCUCGAAUUGUACAGACCUCCAAAGAGGCUGCGAGGGCAGCAGGAGCCGAGGAGUUUGACCCUGAGGAACACCUCCACUCCAAUGAAGGGCAGAGCCAUAUAGCCAAGCGGAGGAACAACAAAGCCAAUGCCAAGGAUUCUGAAAAUGUAACGUGGUACGAGUUCCUCUCUAAUGAGAAUGAGGAAGAGGAUGACCGAAGUGAAAAGAGAGAAAAAGGAACUAAAGUAAAGAGGACGCUCAGCUCGUUGAGGAACAGGAUGACCGGCUCCUUAAAUAAAGAUAAGGGUAAGAACCGAGAGAAAGAGCAGCAAAGGGGUAAGGAGAAGGGGAAGGAGGCCAAGGAAAGCGAGUUCAGUCACAGCAACGGGCAUCUUUUAGCACCGGGCACUUUUUCCAGCUGUGCCAGCUGCUCUCUGUGCGGCAAGACUCUGCAGAAGAAUCACAGCUUGCAGUGCAUGAAUUGUGCUGUGAAUGUUCACAGGAGCUGCAAGUCUCUGCUCAGUGAGUGCACCAGCAUCAAGAACAAGAGAGAUUCUUUGUCAAGAACAGGCCCGUCUGGAUCGCCUUAUCUUGCAGCAAAAGAGCGCCAGAGAGAGCAGGAGCAGUCAUCACAGAUCCUCAAUGGCCAUGCGACUUUUCUCAGCGCCCCUGGCAUGACCAUCAUCCCUCGGGGAUCAAGUAACCAACUGAUUGUAACACAUAACAUCGCCUCUUCUGGAAUUCCUGCUUUCAACCCCGGCCUCAGCAUACGCCAUCACAGCAGCUCGGGAUCUCUCCUCGGGGAGAUGGAUGAAACGGACGCUCUUCGCCUGAAGCGCUGCAACGAUGACGCAAUCUCACUCGUUGCAUCUACUACGGAGUCUAUCAUAGUUGAAGAUGCUCAGUAUGCUGCAGUGCGAGCUGAUCUGGAGUGUGAUGCUCAAGAUCUGGAAGCAGAGUCUUGGAGUUUGGCGGUUGACCAACAGUUUGUUAAGAGACACUCGAAAGAGGCCGUGAAGAGGCAAGAUGUCAUAUAUGAACUGAUGCAGACGGAAAUGCACCACGUACGGACACUGAAGAUAAUGCUCCGUGUUUACAUCCGAGAGUUGAAGGAUAACCUUCAGAUGGAUUCCAGCAGACUUGAAUGCCUCUUCCCACGCGUGGAAAGCCUCCUCGACCUCCACACGCAUUUCUUAUCCUGUCUCAGAGAACGCAGGCGAGAAAGCAUUGUUUCGCCCACCGAGUGCAACUACACGGUGGACAGAAUAGCAGACAUACUCAUUGCCCAGUUUUCAGGGGAUGUAGGUGAGAAGAUGAAGGACAGCUACGGUGAUUUCUGCAGUCACCACACUGAAGCUGUCAACUACUACAAAGAACAAAUGCAAACAAACAAAAGAUUCCACAGCAUCGUACGGAAAAUCAACAACUUGUCCAUCGUGCGGAGGCUUGGAGUGCCUGAAUGUAUCCUGUUGGUGACACAGCGCAUUACCAAGUACCCGGCACUAGUUGAGCGUAUUCUGCACAGCACUCAAGAGGGAACUGAAGAACACACAGAGCUGAACCGCGCACUAAGCUUAAUUAAAGACACUAUUGUCCAAGUGGACGCUUUGGUUAAUCUGCACGAGAAGACAUGUCGCCUUCGUGACAUCUACAGCAAAAUGGAGCCAAAGGCAUUGGGCAAAAUCAAAGAUGGCCGAGUGUUUCGCCGUGAAGACUUGGCGCAGGGUCGAAGACGCCUUCUGCACGAGGGUACUGUCAACUGGAAAGCUGCCUCUGGCAGACUCAAAGAUAUUCUUGCAGUUCUCCUUUCUGAUGUGCUACUGCUGCUACAAGAGAAGGAUCAGCGAUAUGUAUUCGCAGCAGUGGACAACAAGCCAUCAGUCAUCUCCCUUCAGAAGUUAAUAGUUAGGGAGGUGGCCCAUGCUGAGAGAGCCAUGUUCCUGAUCUGCGCUUCCUCCAAUGAGCCGGAAAUGUAUGAGAUCCACACCAACUCGAAGGAAGAAAGGAACACUUGGAUGACACAAAUACGGCAAGCUGUCGAAAGCUGUCCUCAUACAGAGGAGAGGCUCUUCAGUGAAGAGGAGGAAGCUCGAGCUUCAAGGUUGAAAGAAUUUCAAGAACGUCUGAGCCAGAAGGAUGCCGUGAUUGUCCAGGCACUCUCUGAGAAGCUCCAACUUUUUGCAGACAUGGCAGAGUCUGUUGCAGGUCUGGAGGACACAGCUUCCCGCCCCAAGCUUCUUUUACGAGGCGAUGCCUCGGAUCUGCAGCAGGGGGAGACCUUGCUCAAAGGAGCCAUCACUGAGGUGGAAAACCUCCAGAAUUUGCUCCAGUCUGGAGUGAGGGGUGACAAUCUGUCAUCACAGCAAGAUGAAGGGAGCAGCUCUGGACUCCUGCCCAGGAGAGCAGGCACCUUUGGGGGCUACGACAGCAACCCCACCACCCUCACUAAGAAUGGCAAUUUGAAGAAGAACUUUACUGGCGAGUCCAGAAACAGAGACCGAAGCCAGCGGGCCAGCUCUGACCCUCAGCUCAAAGAUCUUUGUGGCAGCCAAACUCUGGAGCAGACGGUUGAUGAGACCUGCUCCACACCGGCAAGAUGGAACCUGAUCUGGUCCAAUUCUUUCCCUGAGGCAGAGUUCUUUGACAAAGUAUUAAUGCUUUCCCAAAGGCUCUACAGUCUGCAGGCCAUCAUAGCUCAGCAGGACAGCCACAUUGAGCUGCAACGUGUCUCGCUAACGGAGCGCGCCUCACUGCCUGGGCGCCACCGCGGGAACGUGCUCCUGGAGCAGGAGAAGCAGCGCACGCUGGCCCUGCAGCGAGAGGAGCUCGCCAGCUUCCACAAACUGCAGUCUCAACAUCGCCAGGAACAGCAGCGCUGGGAGAAGGAGCGAGGGAAGCACCGCCAGCUUGUGGAGGCCACAGAGGCCAGGCUGCGGCAAAGGGAGGAGGAAUGCAGGCGGCUGGAGGAGCGGCUGGCAGAAGAGAGGGUGGAGUUGGAGAGGCAAAGGGAGACGUACCAACAAGACCUGGAGAGGCUCAGAGAGUCCACUCGGGCAGUAGAGAAAGAGAAGGAACGCCUGGAACACCAGAAGAAGAUCAAGAGGAAAACCAUUGAGGUGGCGCCCAUGUCCGGCAGUCUAAAUGGGGAGCUCCUCUUAUCUUCUGGCCUCAGCAGCUCUCCCGGCCUCUCAGACAAACCCCUGCCUCCAAAGUCCCUGGUGCGUGGCAGCAUGUCGGUGGCGCCGGCCGACUACCCGGAACGGCCCGAGGUGACGUUACGACGAGACGCCAGCUCCUCCACCCUGCCGCUGAAGACGGAGGUGCCGCUGCAUCUCUUCAGCACCACCAACCAGCAGCACAAACUAGUGGGGGUGCAGCAGCAGAUCCCCACCAAGCUGGCCGCCCUCAGCAGCGGCAAAGGCAAAGGAGUGAAAGGCGGAAAAGCCUCGCAGCGCACUGACAGCACUGCCUCAGUGGACAUGAAGCAGAUUCUCCCCCUCAAGCUGUCGGCGCGUGACGACAGCACCUUCAAAGCUAAGUGCUCGGUCAGCCCCCACCAGCAAGCACCGCUGUCUGUGUCUCCUCUGCCUCCCUCCUUCCAUCAUCUUGGAGAUCAUCAGCAAAACCUUUUGGAUGCUUUCGGACCGGAUUCUCAAUCCACCGGGAUUAGCGGCUGCCACCCAGCAACCAUCCAGAAGCCCCCCGUGCCGCCUGCCCAAACCCUCUCUGCAGUCUUCCGUGCAGACUCCCGCCAUCGCGCCCCACUCGCAUUCCACCGCGUCGCUCCACUUCCUUGCCCAGGUGCAGCCGCAAGGUCUCGGCCCGAACCCCCACGUGCUCGUGCAGGGCCUCGGCCACAGCGUGCCGCUCCCUUCGCCGCCGCCGCCCUACAACAUCAACACAGAAGACCUCAACAAGGAAGACGGUCAUCUUCUUCUAAACUCAGCUGAAACUCCAUUUUAAAACCGGUUGUCUACUUUUUACACCGAUCCAAAGACGGCAGCCAGCGAUUUGAAGACGCGACAGCUCGGUGCCGAAGCGUCGAAGAAGGGAGGCGCCAAGCAGGAAGUCCGAAGUGAUGGAACGCUGUCUGCCUGAUGGUUCAUUUGCACAGUGUAAAUAUUCCAUUCCUGACUCUUGAAUGAGCCUUUCUGGCUCUUUUUGUAAUGGUUUGUACAGAUGUCAGAUUCUUAGUCUGGAUAAUUUACUUACAUCUGUCUUUAAUUAUGCUUUCAUGGAAUCUUUUAUUUGCAGUCAGGUGCUGUUCCAGCUUGGACAGGCCCAGAAAUUAGCUGUUCACCACACCUUGACUCACUUGGAAUUCAUUUUCUUAAAAUAUGCAUUCUUUCCCCUAUUCAUCCUUUUUUUUUUUUUAUGCUGUAUAGAGCCCAACCCAUCUGACUCGUGCGGCACACCCUGACCUAAUCACCUGUCAAUCAAUUUCAUAAGUAAAAGCCCCUUUUAAAACUAUUCUGAAGACAUCUGAACCGACAUCAAAUCAUAAUAUAUAAUAUAAUAUAUACCUUAUUACCAUGACAGUGAUUGAUAUUUUGGGCCUGCCGCUUUAAGGACAAUUACUUUUCUGUACUGUACUGUCAUGCUGAGACUCGCAGGACAAAGCCUGAAGGUCAUUACUGCGGACAAGCUUGAAGCUGAACACAUUCCUCAUUUCCUCCCACUUUGCGCUUCCUCUUCUUUGACGCAGGGAAGGAAUCACACGUUCAUGUCUUGGCCCGCUGAUCAUUAUUCUGUCAGAAUGGGGUCAUCUAUAUCAUCUAUUGGAUAUAUGUUGGAACAUGACACAUUUAUUUCAAGCCCAAGGUACCAAACGUGACUCAUUGCUGAUGACGUGGCAGAAAGCUGAUGUCAGUCUCGAAUGUGACUGAGGAACCGUGGAGAUGUUCAUCCCACGGCAAUCGCAAAUGUCUCUGAAUCCCUUCACAGGUACUAUUUGUGUAUAUUUUGUCGAUCUGUGUACAUGCUCUUUGGUUCUCAUUUUUAUAUUAAGUACAGACUUUAUUUGAUAUUGCGUUAAGACGGUCGGACGAACCACAUUUGUUCACGUUUUAAUAAUGUAAUAAGUGAUUUAAUUUGUUUUGUGAUCAUGUAGCAUUGAAGUUUAGGUGCACCUGUCCGAUGUCCGCCAUUUUUGGUGACGUGUCGCUAAGAGGAUCUAGCAAAAAUCCACUUGUUUCACGCAACCAAAGAGACGUUCACACUGACUCUCGCUCAAGUAGUUUGCUCUCUUACUGUUCUCUAAAAACACCAUUUUACAUUUGCCAAAAAACAGAAAUCAUCUGAAGCCGAUCAGUGUGCGAGCGCUCUCUAAAACUGCUGAUCAAGCAGUAUUUUUUUUUCGACAUCCAUCAAGUGUUCUCAUCAGCAUUGUUGAUGGUUCGGCUAACAAAUGCCUACUGGCAAGGACGACUGGCUUGGCAGUGACUGUUCAAUCUUGGCACCUAAAACAUCCAGUGAAGCCCAAAAUGUUUUAAAACCUGGCCCUAUUUUUCGUGAAAGUGACAGUUACAAAAGAGUGGAAGAAAGCAAUGAGUUAGAAAAUAACAAAUAAAUUACGGAUUUGGGCUCAACGGCAUGGAAAUGCUACCCAAAAAAAAGUACGUGUGACUACCUAGUUCUCCUAGCUGCUUGUCCCCCAUUGGUCGGGCAGAUUAGUCAUCAUGGCGCUGUUAUAACAUUUGAGGCUACAUGUCUAUAAAUACAAGUAAACACAUUAUAGACUUACCGUGUCUUAGUCUGGAUUUGCAAUAUUAUAUCCACAGUUGUUGCCGUGUGCCAAUUGUCUUCUCUUGAAUAAAAUUAGUGGCCAACAAGCAUAUGUUGAAGUCAAUACAGGAAACUGGUUUGUUGCCGUGAAGUAGACAAACAAACCAAAAUGAAGUUUGAACAAAGCUUAUAUUGUGCUGCUUAAUAUAUUUGACGGUACACUUUUGUACAAAUUCCUUUUAAAUGAUCUCGAAAACAGACUGUAAUGAAUAUGACUUUUAUUCCAUGACACAAUGAAACCAUACAGAUAUUUGAAGGCCAACAUGGUUUUUUUUUUGGUACGAGAAGGCCACAGGUACUCACAUGACGUAAGAUGACUUUUUCCAUGAGGGCAGGAAAAAAAGCACUGAAGUUGUCUUAAACGCUGACCUGUUAACUUAAAGCUAAUCAGUCGCAUCACUGUACAGUUGCUCACCAACAAAAACACACUUUUUUCUUCCCAAUUCUCAUUUUGGGACCUUUCCUAUGUGUGAAUAAUUGUAUUUCCUCUGCCAAUUUUUACACUAGUCACUUUGAAUAGUAGCAUACUUGAAGGGGAAAACGAAUGAUUCUUAUCAGGCUUAUUUUUAUUAUGAUUGUGAGUUUCUAUUUACCAACAGCUGUCUAAUGGCGCUAGUAGUGCACAACAAAAGAGUUUUUGUAUUUUUGUUUUUGUUUUAUUCACUGCAAGGGUUUAGAGAAUCAUGGACACUGACUGCUGCCUUAGACAUGUUUUAGUAUUAAAACCAAAAAAAAAGUGCUGGAA